AUGGCGCUGAAACGCAUCAACAAGGAACUUAACGACCUGAGCAAAGACCCUCCCACAAACUGCUCUGCGGGCCCCGUGGGUGAUGACAUGUUUCACUGGCAAGCAACAAUCAUGGGCCCCGAAGACAGUCCGUACAGCGGAGGCGUGUUUUUCUUGAACAUUCACUUCCCGAGUGACUACCCAUUUAAGCCGCCGAAGGUCAACUUCACAACCAAGAUUUACCACCCCAACAUCAACAGCCAGGGCGCUAUUUGCCUUGACAUCCUGAAAGAUCAAUGGAGUCCGGCGCUCACGAUUUCCAAAGUUCUGCUCUCGAUCUCUUCUCUCCUCACAGACCCGAACCCUGAUGAUCCUCUGGUCCCCGAGAUUGCGCACUUGUACAAAUCUGAUCGGAUGCGGUAUGACCAGACAGCUCGGGAAUGGUCUCAGAAGUAUGCUCAGUAA